CUUCUAUUCCACACGUACUCGGUCUUUUAACUUGCAUUUUGAUUACUGCAUAAAUUUACUGCCCAACAGUUGGUUGGUUUGCUUUAAUAUUUGGAUAAUUGGGAACACAAUUUAUUCCAGAAGCAGGAGUGAAAUUUCAGUUCAAGUACAUACGUAAACACUAGAAUAUUCAGAAACCUUAAAAUGAUACGGUUGGGUCGUCACCAACUGUUGGUCAUCCUCGUGGCAGUAGGAUUUCUCUGUGAGGUGACCACCGGGAAAAAGCAUCAUGGCCAAGAACUGCAUAAAUUACGUACAAAAUUUCAAAAAGCACCACCCCAUAUUCACUCAAAGUUUGCGUACGUGACGUGGUCCAACGAUACGGGAUAUGACAUCAAGAUUUUCGCAGCUCAUCUCAGCCAACCCAAAGGACUCGACUGGGUGGCGAAGGCCAGAUAUCAGAAUUUCGUGAACAAAACAGGAUGGGCUUUUGUGGAAGUGGAGUCGAAAACGACAUGGCCGGAUGAGAUGCAAGCGUACGCUGCCGGAAUGGCGGAAGGAUACCUGACAAAAGACUUGAUUUAUGACUUUUGGCAAAAUACCGUCGAGCAUGCCUGUGAUGACAAACCCAAAAUUUGCCAGUACAUUAAAAAGUACGUGGCGCAAAAUGUCGACUGGACGACGCAGGCGGCCGACAAGUACAAAACCGCGGCACCCUAUUGGCACCAAGUGAACCUCUUUAUCAGCCAAUUUGAAGGACUUUUCAACGGAUUUCAUAAAGCGGCAAAUGGCUCCGUGGCGUCAAGACUGACUUGGGACGAUCUCUUAACGAUUAACAUAAUGGAGGAUUUCGGUGAUUUGGAAAACGCUCUGAACCCAAAUCCUAAUCCAGACCCGACCGAUCGCAGUGGACAUUGCUCUGCACUCAUUAAAUUGAUUGGAAAUCGGGACAUUUACGCGUCUCAUGUCACGUGGGCACCGUACAAUACAAUGCUUCGAAUCGUGAAACGCUACAAUUUGGCAUACAAGACCUCCGCGAAGGACGGAAGUCCUACCGUCCCUGCCGCCGAAAUCUCGUUCAGUUCCUACCCCGGCAUGCUGCACAGUAUGGACGAUUGGUACGUCUUAUCCUCCGGUCUCCUCGUCACCGAGACCACAAUUGAGAAUUAUAACAACGACCUCUGGGCAAAGGUCAAACCAACGAAUUCAUUGUUCGCUGGACUGAGAGCUAUGGUUGCGAAUCGCUUAUCCACGGACGGUCAAUCUUGGACAACUUACUUUUCUCGCUAUAACUCUGGUACUUACAAUAAUCAGUGGAUGAUUCUCAACUAUAAUUUGUUCGAACCCACGAAACCUUUGAACAAAGGGCUGCUCUGGGUUUUGGAACAAUUGCCAGGAAAAAUUCAAGCUAAAGAUGUCACCGAAGUUUUGAAAAGUCAGGGUUAUUGGUCCUCUUACAACUCGCCCUAUUUCAAAGAUAUCUUUGAAGCGAGUGGGUCUCCAAAAAUGGUGGAGAAGUACGGCGAAUUUUAUUCAUAUGAAGGAACUGCACGUGCCAAAAUUUUUGCGAGAGAUCAAGGACAAGUUGAAGACAUCGACUCCAUGAUGAAACUCAUGAGAUACAACGACUACCAGAAUGAUCCCUUGUCACGAUGCAACUGCACCCCACCCUACUCUGCAGAACUCGCCAUUUCCAGCAGAAACGAUAUGAAUCCGGUCGAUGGCCAGUAUCCGAUUAAACUUUUGGGCCACCGUUCGUCUGGAUCUACGGAUAUGAAACUGACGAAUUUGGACUUGUUUCUUCUUCAGCAAUUUGUUUCUUGGUCUGGUCCAGCCUAUGACCCACUUCCACCAUUCCAAUGGUCCAAGACUGACUUUAAAGACCUUCCCCAUCACGGGAUGCCGGAUCGGUUCGAAUUUGAGCCCCUCAUCCACAAGUGGAAGUGGCUUUAAAGUGAAGGAAGAACUCAAAAAGUGGUCCAAUUUUCAGCUCAAUAUGGUUAAUUAAUUAUUUAUUUAAUUAAUUAACUGCUCUCUUUCCCUCUUGCUCUCCUCGUAUUGAUUUACUCAUUUAAUUAAUUAAAUGAUUUAUGGUUAUCUUAUUAGUUGAUUAAAUCCUAUUUGGUUAUCCAAUUUAUUAUAGUUCAGUUUUGAUGCAUAAUUUAGACAGCGUACGUUUUGAUCCUUAAUCAAUCAAUUUGAAUAAAUACUUAAUUGAUUACCUAUGAACAA